UCUACAAAACAUUCACGUCUUGAACAGAAUAGCCAGAAAUUACGGCGGGACCUAAACACUGGUUCUAUAAUCCAUAAUUUUACUAGUACUCGGAAAAAAUUCUUAGUGCGAAGAAUAACCCCGAGGUUAACUUUGGCGAGUGGAAAUUUUGCAACUCAAUGAGUUACGUAUUGAGCUCACCGUUGUUUUGUUGGGUAUUCACCUACAAGGCGUGCUAACAGGUCGAGUUUGAAAACACUCCCUCCAACCACACCAGUAUCUUCAAGUUUCGACAGGAGAUAAAUUCGCUGUGCCAAAACAACAACGACAACAAAAUGACCAGAAAACUUAAGAGAUUUCUAAUUCUUCUGGACAAUGACAGUUUACUGUAUCUCCCUGGGUCAUUUCUUUCUGGCAGAGUGUUGUUGGAGUUAGAGGAGGACACCCCUGUGUUAGGGUUGUUCUUCUACAUUGCUGGUGAAGGUGUAAUAAGAUUUGCUGACAGAGGACAAGGUAAAAUCAAUGACAAAGAAAAUUAUAUCGACUUCAGUAUGAAAUUAUUGGGGGAUGGACCUUCAGGACCUGGGGCCAGAAUUGUAGUGUUGUCUCCAGGUGUACAUUCUUUCCCAUUUAAGUUAGGCCUUCCUCUUGGACUUCCGUCUACAUUUCUUGGGAAACACGGGUGGGUUCAGUAUUUCUGCAAAGCAUCCUUGAAAGAGCCAUCUGGUGUUGUGCACAAAAACCAACAAGUGUUUAUAAUCAUGAACCCAAUCGAUCUGAACCUAGAACCUGCGAUUCUUAUGAAACCAUUUCUCUGUGAGAUUGAAGAUACAAUUGGUAUACCCUGUUUGUCAGCUGGUCCUGUCAGCUGCAGGAUCCGACUAGACCGUGGGGGCUACGUACCCGGAGAGUGCAUAUGUAUUUAUGCCUGGAUAGAAAACAACAGCAAGGUCCCGAUUAAAAAAACUAGAGCUGUGUUAACUGAGACGAUUCAGUACACUUCUAAGAGCAAGAUGAUGGAGACAGAAACCAGGGAGCUGGCCUCCUUACAGAAAGGGCGGGUAGAGGCUGGGUCAACUUAUCAGUGGAGAAACGAGAUGAUGUGUAUACCACCAUUGCCACCCACAAACCUCAGGGGUUGUCAUUUGAUUCGUGUACAAUACGAUGUUUAUUUCAUCAUUAAACCUAAAGGCCUGGAGAAGGAAAUUAAGCUCCAACUUCCCAUCAUGAUAGCCACUUAUCCAGUACGAAACAACGACGGAACUCUUCCUCGUAAAAAAGGAACUAAUUACCCAACAGUGCUACCUAUGUUCCGUCCUUGGAUGAACACAAAUACUCUGAAAAAGUAAAAUAAGGAUCUUUUUUUUGCUUUACUAAACCUCACAGCACACUGCGGAGGAAUAGUGAUAAAAGCUAGCUUUUUUUUACCGAA